AUGAAAAUUCAUUACAAUACUGAUAUGAAACAUCCGCCAGCAUCAUUUGCACAAGCUCGCAUUUGGCUUGAUGAACGAAUUCGAUUCGAUCCAGAGAAACCACAAGUAGCAAUCUAUAAUAUGCCUUUUGUUUAUCGUCUGCAACAAGGUUCUACAUUAUCAAUUACACAACUUCGUCAUGCUCUUCAUCUCACUGUUAACAAACAUCUCUCACUUCACACAUCACUUCAUUUUGACAUCCACAAGAAUCUACUUAUGCAACGAGUUAUUACUCAUGAAGAUGAACAUAAUAAUAAGAUGUUUUCAAUCAUUGAAACUACCUAUGAAACAGAUGAACAAUUAAAUGGAAUUUUACACGACGAGAAACGUAAUGCUCGUCUUUUUGAUCUUGGUCAAGGUCUUGGCUUUCGAUGUCACAUCAUUUACUAUCAACAAAUCUCUUCAAAUCAUCUUCUUUCUCAUAAAGAUGUACUCAUCUUCAAUUUUCAUCAUGCUUUGUUUGACUUUCCAUCGAUGGAAGUGUUUCAUCAUGAUCUUAAUCAAGCAUAUACAACAGGUCAACUAUUAUAUGAUGACAACACUAAUCUUCGUUAUCUUGAUUAUGCUGUUAUUGAACAACAAAUGUCAAUGACUGGUGCAAGUAUGUUUUGGCUUGAUGUUCUUCAUGAUUGUAAACUUGAUCAACCUUUGUCAUUACCAUUUGAUCGAUAUCGUCUCUCAAAUGAACAUCGAACUGGUCGUGGAACAUCUGUUUCUUUUGAUUUUGGUCAAGAUCUCUCACAUGACUUUCUUAUCCAUACAUCAGCAAAUAGCAUAUCACUGGAACAACUUGCACUUGCUACUUAUUAUGUGUUUUUAUUCAGAUUAACGAAUGGAGAAAAAGAUUUGUGCAUUGGAAUAAAUACCCAUGGUCGAUAUAGAGAUGAACUUAACUCUAUCAUUGGAAUGUUUGUGAAUGCAAUACCAUUACGAUGUCAACUCGAUCCUCAUUUAUCAUUUCAUGAACUUACUAAACACGUACGAGAUAUUAUGAUAAACUAUAUUAAAUACUCAUAUUUUCCUCUUCAACGUAUUCUCAAUCAACAUCCCAAUAUAUCAAAUCCUGUAUUUCUUGACACAUCAUUCGAAUUUCUAUCAUCUAUGACAAAAGAUGAAGAGAAUGAAAUAAUGAUUGGUGGUUGUCGACUUUCUUUACUGCCUUAUUCGAUUCAGAUUAGUGAAGAUGAAAUAAUGAGCAAAUUUGAUUUUAUUCUUAGUUUUGAACAUGAUCUGAUUCGAAAUGAGUUGUCAUGCACCAUCAAUGCAUCACUUGAUUUAUUUAAUGCUGAAACAGUUUGUAUAAUUGCACAAAGAUUACAGACAAUGUUACAUCAACAAUUCACAUCUUUCGACUGUACAACAAACAAGCCAAUCUGUGAAUUAUCAUUAGCAUUAUCAAAUGAACAAUAUCUAAUGCAAUCAAUGAAUAAUACACAAAUAUCAUUUUCAUCUCCUCUUACUUGUAUUCAUCAUGAGUUUGUAUAUCAAGUAAUGAAACAUCCACAGAAGUUAGCAGUUGAACUAGAUGAACAAUCAUUGACGUAUUGUGAACUUUUGUAUUAUGUUCAAGUGUUAUCUUUAACUCUUCUUAAUGAGUAUCAUAUCACUCCAGGUGAGGUCGUUUGUCAAUGUGUUGAGCGAAGUAUGUCAAUGGUGGUUGGUAUAAUGGCAAUUGAAAUGGCUGGUGGUGUUUAUUGUCCCUUGUCACCUCGAGAUCCACAACAUCGUUUACAUGCUCUUAUAAAACAAACACGCAGUCGUCUGGUUUUAGUUCAUCUUUUAACGAAGACCAAGUUUCAUGAUGAUUGUAUUGUACUUGAUAUUAGUUUAAUACUAAAUGUUAAUAAUAUGGAUAGUGACAUAAAUUAUAAUUGCCUUUCAAAUGUGAAAGUGAAAGGCAAAGAAAUAGCCUACAUUAUUUUCACUAGUGGAUCAACUGGAACACCUAAAGUGGUUCAAGUUCGACAUAAGAACUUUAUUGGUUUACAAAUAGCACGAUGCUCAUUUGAUAUUCAUGUUCAAGAAAUCCUUGGCACAUUGUUAGUUGGAGGCACAUUGAUUAUGCUUCAUCCAGGUGGAACUAUUGAUCUCAAUUAUUUAUCCGAAGUCUUAGGGAACAAACAAAUCACAUAUCUAAAAGCUGUGCCAAGUUUACUACACAUAUUCUUCACUUUUAUUCAACAGAGCAAGAACAUAAAUGCUGUGAAAUAUCUGCGCUCACUUUGCAGUGGCGGUGAGGCUUUUUCCGUUCAUUUGGUUGGCUUAAUAAUGAACAUCGGUAAAGUAAACUGUAUUGUAUGGAAUCUGUACGGUCCAGCAGAAGCAACCAUAGAUUGUACAGUUCGCCGUGUAAGUAUCAGAAAUAAUACACAGAGCAUUCCUAUUGGCACACCACUUUCUAAUUACCGAUGUAUGGUCAUAAAUCAAUAUUUACAACCAUCUGUUACAUGUCGAGAAGGCGAGCUGCUUGUGGGAGGAGGAGGUGUCUUUGCUGGUUAUCUUGGUCGUGAUGAUCUAACUGCAAAAGCUCUUGUUGAAAUAGAUGAUGAAUUAUUUUAUCGAACAGGUGAUCUUGUUAAAAUAGAUAACAAAGGUCUUCUUCAUUAUCAAGGAAGAAAAGAUCAUCAGAUCAAAUUACAUGGACAAAGAAUUGAACUUGGUGAAAUCGAACGAUGUUUACUUAACAUUACAUCCAUCUCUACUUGUGUUGUCAUGAAAUAUAAUGAAGAUCAUCUAGUCGCUUAUGUUCAAUCAUCUCAUAUCAAUGAAGAAGAACUACGUAAACAUUGUCAAUCUCAUCUUCCACCACACAUGAUACCAUCUUUCUUUAUCAUACUCAAUACAUUACCUUUGAAUGCUAAUGGAAAAGUAGACAGAAAACAACUUCCUUCACCUCAAUUUUCUUUAUCGACUUUGUUAUCGUCCGAUAAAUCUGAUACUCCUCUUAAUCAGCUCGAACAACGUAUACACACUAUUUGGUGUCAAGUUCUUCAUUGUAAUCAAAAUCACAUUUCUAGAACUACCAGUUUUUUUAGUGUUGGUGGUCAUUCACUAUUAUUUAUUGAACUUUAUCAUCAUUAUCAAUCAGUAUUUAACUUUGAUACUCAUACACUUUCGAUUGCUCCAUUUCUCCAACAACCAACUAUUUUUCAACAUUCACAAUUACUUCAAACAGUUAUAAUGAAUAAUACCAAGCCAACACAAUGGUAUACCUUACAUAUAAAUGAAGGUAUUGCCUCUUUUGCUCAAGAACGUAUCUUUCUUGAUGAACAAGUACGUUUUUCGGGUGAUAUUGCUAUCUACAAUGAACUGACGACUUCACAAAUUGUUGAAGGAUCACUGUCAUUCAAUCGUUUAUUACAAGCAUUUCGAUUUGUUUUGAAUAAACAUAAAGUAUUACGUACAUCUCUUAUGUUUAACAAUGAUAAUAGUAGUUUGAAACAAUGCAUCACAAAUAUACAUAAAAAAUUCACAAUAACUAUGAAUCAAACAUUUGAAAAUGACAAUGAACUUCAAGACAUUAUUUAUCAAACAACUAUUAAUCCAAAUCUCUUUGAUUUAUCAACGGGUCAUGUUUUUCAUGCUGAAAUUCUGAAACAUCAAAUACCUUUAAAUGAAAAUGGAAAUGAAAAUGGUAGCAAUGAGUUCAUAACUAAUUCUGAUGUUCUUCUCAUUGCUUUUCAUCAUGCAGCAUUUGAUCGAGCAAGUCGUUCAAUCUUUUUCAAUGAUCUAUGUUUAGCUUAUAAUACUAAUGCAACAUCAAUAGAAGAUGAUGAUGAAUCAUUGCAAUAUAUUGAUUAUAGUAUGCAUGAACGUCUAACUGAUAUGACAACAUCUCGUGAAUUUUGGUAUUUACAAUUAGAAGGGUACAAUUUCGGCUCUCGACUAUUAUUACCAGUUGAUCGGCAUCAUUUGUCUAACGAUCACCGAUCGAGUUCUGCUUCUAUCACUCAAAUCUCGUUUGACAACGAGAUUUCACAAUCAUUUCUUGAUUAUGCUUCUAUCCAUCAUGCAACACUAUUUCAGUUAGGUCUGAGUAUCCUAUAUGCUUUUCUUUUCAAGCUAACUCAUGGUGAAAAUGAUUUGUGUAUUUCUUGUCUUAAUGCUAAUCGAUACAAAACUGAAUUGCAGAAUAUAAUGGGAAUGUUUGUUUCGACACUACCACAUCGUAUUCAACUUGAUCCUCAUUGGUCAUUUGAUGAUCUUGUUAAAUAUGUGCAAGAAAAAUGUUUAUCAAUACUUGAACAUUCACAUUAUCCACUUCAACGUAUUCUUGCUAAUUUACAUAUUAAUCAAUCAAAUAUUUCAUUUCUCGAAACAAUGUAUGACUUUAUCACUUUAUCGUCACAUAGCGAUGAAUUAUCUUUGAAUGAUGCAAGUUUCAAGCAAGUGUCGUUCGAGCAAUCGUUUGAAGUGGCUAAGUUUGAUUUUAUGCUGACAUUUAUCUAUAAUCCAAUAUUGGAAAAUAAUCGAUUAUCAUUUCGUUUAACUUGUUCACGUGAUUUGUUUGAUGAGAUUACGGUUACAAAUAUAGGUCGAAGAUUAGAAUAUUGUUUUCAACAACUGUUUUCAUCGAAUCAAACUAUUAAUCAAAUUGAUACAAGUUUUACAUUUGUAUCGAAAAUUAAUCUCAUAUUACCAGAAGAAACUCAAGAAAUGGAAGAUGUUAUCUUUUGUCGACAAUCACAUAUUAUAAACGAAGUUCAAGUGUUAGCACCACUAGAACAUUCAAAAGAAAAUGUAGCUGACGCCGUAUCAAAAACACCAUGGCGUCUUAUCUCAUUUGCCUGUUUAUUUCAAGUUUCUUAUGAAUAA